CUUCUAAACCAGUUGGAUAAAGAUCAUGCAAAAAAUUGGAGAACAUAAUGAACAAGAAGCUUUGAAGUUGGACGAAUGCUUUAAGGAAACUCUAGCACGUACCAGACCUUACGUACUAGAGUUGACAUCUGCAGAAAGUGCUCAAUUAUGCAAAGUUUGGCUUGAUAAAUUAAAUGCUGCAACCUCACAACGCCGUCUCAGAAAUGAAUAUCUCUUAGAAUUAUGUAGGCAAUUGAAGAUGGGUCGUAUCGACGGAAUUUUCAGCAGACCUCCACCUAGUGGAUUUCUAAUUCCAUUGCCUAAGUCAUAUCAUAUGGUUUGUAUUAGUUCAUCUGUAAGCGAUCUAUCAGAUUAUGUUGCGAGACCUCUUCGUAGCUGUUUAAAACCAAGUGCAAAAUGUAUCCAGCACCAACGAAGUAGAUCAUUAAUGAAGCACCGCAUGAUGGACGUCACGAGUACGAGCCAAUGCUUGGACGCAACUAACGCUUCACCAACUGUUCGUUUUCGUAAUCAGAAUACAAUAAGAAAAAGUCAAACAAAAAUUUAUGAGCAGCGUAUCGAUACACUGAGUACUCUUAUUACAGAGCUGCAGACCCAAAAUGAAUAUCUAAAGAAUCGAUUAUUAGAACAUCCGAAACAUUGUAGUAAUAAUAUGGAUAAUCGCUUGUGUGCAAGUAUUAAUCAAUUAACUUCUGAUGUCACUACUUUAAAAGCUAAGCUGCUAGAGAUGCAAAAGAUACAAAAUUCUCUGAAAGAAAACUAUAAAGAAGUUGUACAAGACUAUCACUGUACAGUUGUACAACAGUUUACUGCACUGAAACAUGAAUUAGAAGGGGCUCAAUUAAAAAAUGAGGCAUUGGAUAACAGUGUAUCUGUAAUUGCUGAAAAGCUGGAGGAAAUCAUCCAUGGUAAGGUAAGAAGGAAAAGUUUUAUUUGUAAAAUGAGAAACAUAAAAAUUAUUUUGAAGGAUGAGCAACUUAAAGAAACAGAAAAACAAUGGAUGGACAAAGUCAAGGCAAUAUGUGAACAGUUUGAUGUGUUUACAAAGGAAAAGUGUAAAGAGUUGUAUAUGAAACAGGAAUUCCUUGAGAAGAAAGAUUUGGAAUUAUCACGACAAGAUGCAGGACGAAAAGAAGAAAUUGAAUUGUUGACGAACAAGAUCCAUGAUUUAGAAAUAAAACUGGAGAAGAAGAUUGAAGAUGAGGAGAAAUUACAAAGAACGUUAGUAGAGCAGUACGCGAUGAUGAAAGAAGAACUUAACAAAUGGAGAAAAGAAAUAGAUUACGAGACGCAAACACAAAAUCAAAAUCUCACGUCCAAGGUCUCUGCAUUGAAGAAAGUCGUUUUAAAGCUUGAAAGGUCUAAAGAGAAACUUGAAAGCGAUUAUGAGAAAAGAAUGACGCACGUCAUCAAGAACAAGGAUUUGGAAAUAAAAGCCUUACAAUUACAAUUACAAGAACAAAAAAAUGAAUUGAGUACAUCUCUAAACACAAUGAAACAAAGUGAGGUAGUCAGUAUUGUUACACUGUUAGAAAAACAGUACAAAACAUUGUUGGCAGAAACAGAAGCAACAACAAAAACUCAGACUCAGGAGCAUCUUAGGGUACUGUGCCAUAUAAACUUUACUUUAAAUGUAAGACUACAGUUAAUAUAAGAUUAUAAUAUUAAGAGAUCAUUUUUGAAAACUGUAGAAGAUUGCUGAACUAGAAGACCAAGUACUUAGCAUGAAGAAAUUGUAACUCAAGUUAAUAGAAUAGUGAAUCCUAGACUCUAAAACAUAAAUGUUAUAAAUGUAUAAAUUAUCUUUUUAUUAAUAAACUGUAUACUAACGAGAUUUUACUUUCUUUAACUUCCUCGAUAGAUGAAUUUAAAUAAUUCUUUUAUCUACUAAUUUAGUACAAAAUGAAUAUAAACAAAAUUACUUUUUAAAGUGAAUACUACUGCC